AUGUGUACCGUGGAACAAAUCGCUGAUUGUGGAGAUAUUUUAAGUUUGGGACGAUCUCUUUUUAUUCCUGAAAAAGAAGAUAAAAAUUGGCUUUCGCAGUGUUCUGUUUCACUGUCAUCGUGUGGUAAUUUGUUAGCCGUGGGGUUUAGAAAUCGUCUUUGUCUUCUCACAACUCAGUGGAUUAGUGCAAAUGAGAGUAAUACAUUUUUAAUAUCGUGGAGUGGUACAUUGCCUGGGGAAAUAAGUGCCAUUUUAGCCUUACCUAUUUGCCCAUCGCAACAAUCUUCACAGAAUGGACCUGAUUGGUUUUGUAUUAUAGUUGGAUUUCAUAAUGGGAGUAUAGGAUUUUAUACAAAUACUGGUCAUUUAUUAUUGCUUGAAAAACUUGACGAGAAACCUGUAAUGAGGAUAUCAUGUCACACUGGAACAUUUGGCACUUUACCAGAUGAUAUUCAUAUACUAUAUCAAGGCUGUAUCUGCAUUUUGUCUGGUUCUAGCUUAUUUCAAACACUCCGCAAUGCUAAAGCUCAGUUAGCUCGAGUGCAGGCUGGUGUUCAAGAUGAUUAUGUUGUGGACAGUCGCAGUAUAAAUAUUAGAAAAUGGGCAUUUUCUGAUCAAGAGUCAAUUAAUGAUGCAGCAGUUGUGGGCCUUGAACUCAAAAACACAUUUGAUCACUUUUUGGCUGCUUCGACGUAUGGAGGCUAUGAUACUUGGUACCGUUCUAUUCCUCCUGUUAACAGUUUAAUACUUACUGCUGGAAAAGCCCCAUAUGCUGGUUUUCAUUACGCCCUUGAAGGAGGAACUACACCACCUCUACAAGAUGUUGCAAGGGCAGUUGCAAACAAAAUUAAGUCUGCCCUCCCUGGCUGGCUUGGUGGAGGGUCAACAGAGAGUAUAGUUACAAAUACGGAACCUCUUAUUCGACCAGAACUCCUGGCGAUGCGUAACGGUGUUUAUGAUAGUCAACGCCACGGCACUUAUAUAGCUAUAUCACCCGAUCGACGCCUUGCAGCGUUAGCCGACAACUUAGGUCGAGUCGCAGUACUCGAUGUUAAAAGCGGAUAUUUAAUUAGGUUAUUUAAAGGUUACAGAGAUGCUCAAUGUGCAUUUAUUCAGAUUUUCGAUACUGAUAACAAGACACCGCAGCUCACGGUUGUUAAAGAUAUUCGGAGAGCAAUUUUUUUAAUUAUUUACAAUCCCAAGAAGGGUCUCAUUGACAUACGUCUUAUGCAAAGAGGGACUCGAGUUGCAGUCUUUACAGCAACUAAAAAUGGUCAGCUGCUCUACAACACUUGCGGAUUAGUUGGAGCUGAAAAAAAUUAUACACAUAAAAAACUUAAUAUGCCCGAAUUUCAAUGUGUGCUAAUUGACCCAGAUGGUAAAUUGAAAAAAUUUAAUAUACCUUUUUAUUAUGCCUUAGAUGGUGAGCAUUUAGAACGCUCCAAAGAUUUACAUGUGUUACGUGAAAUACGUGAGUAUUUGAAGAAGUCACAACCGUUAGCUAAAGAAUUUAAAAGUAACAUUGUACAAAAAGCAUCAAAUCUGAAGACAUUAGAAAUUAGGAAACAUUGUAUGGAGAUAUUUAUUAGGAACUUUGAUAUAAUCUCUGUUGAAGUUGUAACAUCUUGUUUGGAAAUAUUUUGGGACAGUAUUGGAAAAGAGAAUUUUAAUAAUCAAAUACAAGAAAUAAAAUAUUAUUUUGCUAAGUUAGCAUUCCUUAUUUUCUUUUUUAGAAAUAUUAAUAAUGAUACUGGAGAAGAUAUGCAAAAUAUACUUGAUAAGGUAUACGACGAUUUAAAUAUAUUGCAUGAUACGGCAAUCAAAAUUAAAGAAUGUGGAGCCAUUACAAAUUUUCAUCUUCUAGAAGAUGAUAGCUGUAUAUUAGAAAGAUUAUUAAUUUUAGCUCAGGAAAAUAAUUAUAAAGAGACUCAUCCAAGAGUUUCAUUUGCGGAUGGUAAUACAAAUGUUUAUAAAGAAUAUAUGACUAAUUUUGUUUUCGAUGCAUCUUCCAAAACUAUUUUUUUAAAACCUGAUAUUCCCAUUGAAAAACUUGACAAUUUAGCUUCCAAUAUUUUUAAAUCAAUAUUUAAUUUAAACGACGUGCAAAACUUAACUAAUGUUGUAAGAAAAAGUCGCAUCGAUCCUAAAGAUAUACUUAAACUUCUGAUUAUGCAUUUGAUAAACAUACCAUUAAAUGAAAUUAAUAUUAAAUUAAUUGAAAAAUUUAUAGAAGUUUUAUAUUAUAUAUGUAACGUUUCUGAAGAAGCAAACAUUAUAAAUUAUAAUGAUAUAUCGCCAUGGUGGCAAAAUGUUCGCGAUACGUUGGUGGAAAUGAAAUGUCCUUUAAGAAGUAUGAUAGUAGCAAUGGCUUGUAAAGCGGUAGGGAGCUUAUUCGAAAGUGCUACGUCUGAAAGAGAAGAUGCCUGGGAAUCGGUUACAAAAGAGAACGCUAAAUGGGGUAUACUAAUUGGUAAAUUGGAAGAUAUAUCAAUUCUUAGUAUAACUUUAAUGUUUAAAGACACUUUUAAAGGAAAAUCGUUGCCUAAGUUACAAGUAGAAGAUUUUAAUAUAAAUUUAAAGUAUAUAUACACAAGAGGUAAGGGGUCUGUGACUGAAUUGAUAGCAAAGUGGCUUUGUAGUAUGGGUGUACUUCCUGAGGCUAUUAUUGCAAAUGAAUUGAUAGACGUAAACCAUGAAAGUGAUAUAGAUACAGAGGAGGACACUGAUGAUACUGAUAAUUGGUUUUUGGAAAAUAACAUUGUAUAUGUUAAUGAAAAUCAAACGUUAUUCAAGCGGCUUUCACUUCUUCGUCGACAGUUUCCAUUGAGCACGUUGGCUGACUAUAUUAUCGCUAACAUGUGCUGGGAAUACGCAAUUAAUUGGCAGAAAACGAUGAAAGCCGACGAAGACUUAAAGGCUGUACUCCAUUGCCUAAAAUAUAUUGACAAUUUGCAUUUGCGACUUGGUUUGUUUUCAAUUAUUUGGUCGACAUAUAUUAAGCACGUUUUCGAAUUAAGUUGUCGUUUAGUUAACAAAGUAGGAAAAUUACCAAAGGAUCAUCUUUGUCUACAAGAUUUAGGAUUUAACAGUGAAAGCUUAACGAGUUUCCUACAAGUCGUAACACAGUAUCUUCAAGAAUUUUACCUUUGUUCAAAAGCAUCUAUUGGCCAAGAGAAAAGAACAAUAAGAUAUGAAAAAAUUUGGGAGGAAAGCAUGCCAUCGUUGGUUGAAGUCGCACAAGAUGUUAAGAAUGUUGAUAAUGAUAUUUUAAAUCUUAAUUAUCAGAUCUCUUGCACAAUUUACUAUCAAUGUCAUUUUAAUAUGAAAUUCACAAAAGCAUUAGAUACAUUAUACGACAUAGAUUAUCAGUACCUUAUUGAAGCACUUGUUGGGAAUGUCGCUAAAAGAGAUAUCAACAUGAAAGCUUCUGGUAAACUGUUAAACCCCAGAAUGAAAUUCUUAACAAAAUUAAUACGGUCUGCAAUCGAGACCAUCACUUGUGUGAACAGAAAUGAAACAGGUUUAGGUUAUAACAAUGACGAGUGUAUGCAGUGGAUGGAGAAUAUCGGCAGUUUGGCUGAUUUGUGGAGCAUUGAUGAGAACUUUGUAAAACAUCAAUAUGUUGUGGGAUUAUACCACAUGGGCUUCGAUGAUCUAGCUUUAAAUAUGGUUGGAUCAGUGGCAGACCCGGAAUUGUUAUUGGUACCAGUAGUAGCAAUUACUAUACAGAGGUUGAAACGAAAUCUUGAACAGUGCAAAAAUCAGCCGGAAUGGAUUGUGACAGUCCCGCCCCAACUCUACAAGCGCCUUCAAAACACGACUUUGGACGUUUCGAUAUCAGCGAAUCCCUCACUAGCGACGACAGUGUCAAUUUUACAAAAGCUUUUAUCACAGGUUGAUACAAAAGUGUCAGUAGAGACAUCGGCAAACUUCCAGAAUAUAAAGUUGGCAGAACUGAUUGUGGAAACUUGUGAAGUGUUGAUACGAAGAAAUUUAGAAUAG